AUGCUCGACUUCAUGGACUAUAUCCAGCUGGCCUUUGCCGAGGCCACGCACUGGAACCGCGACAAUUCCUACUCCUCGCUAACCACCACCGCCCAGUCACUCGAACCCCCCGAACAUGUCUGGCUGACUGCAAUCCCAGCAAUCCUAGAUUUCUCGACCCCGGAACGACUGCGCGUCCACCUCUCCUCACUCUCCACUCCGCAAUUUGCGACCAGCUACACACUAGGCACUGUCGGCCUGCUCGACGGCUCCGUCUCCUAUCUGUUCAGCACCGUUCCCUUCAACGACACCCCGAGCCAAAGCGCGCUGAUUCCCCUGCGUAAGAUCUCCCCAGGCUACCGCCAAGUGCACACGCCCGCGACACCCGCGCACACAUGGGCAUGGAACUCACUUCUCGAUGGUAUCAACAUCAACCUCUCUGGGCUGAAGGAGGGCUCGCGCUCGGCUGCCGGCAGAGAGACCGAGCACGGUGCAGUAGAAAACGAUGGCGCACAGCGAAAAGCGACGCUACUCCAUGCGUCGCUCCAGCUCCCGCCGCCGACAACGCUCAAUGCCCUCUUCGUGCGCCGCAUGUCACCCACCAUGCAGCUCUCCCUGGCCGUCUGCUCAACCCAGGGUCCGCCGCUGUCCAAUUCUGCGCCGCAGGCGUCAAUGCUAGCGCAGCUGUCGCAUGACACGGGCAAAUAUAGCAACGAAUACCUCUUCAGCACAGAUAAUGCUCUAUUCGGCUGGCGCGGGCUGUGGAAUUUCGGCCCGGACCCGCGUCUGGUGCGUACCGACACGCCGCCUCAAUUGUCACUUCUGUCUGCUGGCGCUGAGGCAUACUACUCCCCUGUAUCCUCGUUGAUCGGCAUGUCGACUGGUCUCAGAUUCACCACGUUACCGCCAGCAACAGAGGUCCUUUCUUCUUCUUCGUCUUCCUCUUCUACGCCUCCGGCUCCCAUUUCCACCUUCCCUUAUACAUUAACCUUAACACUCACCCCGAUCACGGGCUCCCUAUCAACAACAUACUCUCUCCGCGCCUCGCCCAAUAUCUCCUUCAGCUCCCGCUUCGGAUUUAACGUCUACAGCUGGGAAAGCGAGAUGGUCGCGGGCUGCGAGCUCUGGCGGCGGAAAGCCAAAUCGGAAGCCGGGAAAGCGGACGACGGACUCGAGUGGGCGCGCCAUAAGAUGCGCCUGCAUGAUUUCUCGGCGUCCCUUCCAGGCUCCUCAGUCCUGGCCGAUCCGGCUCAUCCUGCGUCCCCCGUCAAGCCCGAGACUGAGACUGAUGCAGAGACUGAGGCCAGUGACUCCGUCGUCAAAAUCCGGAUCGACCAGUCUUGGAACGUGCGAAUCCUCUGGGAAGGCCGUGUUAAGGAACUUCUUGUGAGUGCAGGCGUCGGGCUAGGCCCGGGCUCGUUCUCGAUAUCUCCCUCCGCUGCGUCUGGGUCUGGGUCUAGUCAGAGUGGAGGCGGAGCGCCGCGCUCAUCGUAUUGGCGUGGAGUUGGGGUGUCGGUGUUGUAUUCGUCGUGA